AUGAUGGGGAGCGGCCUCGUGUUUGACGUGAGGCAGGCGAUCGACGUGUUGGUGUUCUACCUCCACCUGCAUGCUCCUUCUUCGCGUCCCACGACGUCGGUCUCUCCGUUCUCCCUGCCGCUCGCUCUCGCGCCGUCGGCUGGCGUGCCCGUCGCACCCUCGUCCGAGGCGAGCAGGGUGGUGUGUCGGCUCUGCCUCCAGUGGCUCUGUCUUGUUCUACUGCAGAAGCGCCAGGCAAUUUUCCGUGCGGGCCUCGACACUCUCUUGAUCCAAGCCUGUCUCACCGCCGUGAGGUUUGCCGAACGCGAGCAGGGGUGCGAGGGGGAGGGAGAAGGCGACGACGAGAGACACACGGCGUCGACGCGUGGCGCCUGUUCGUCUGCCUUCGGGUCCUCCUCUCUCUACGUCGCAUCUUCUGUCGCCUACGGAGCGAAGCGGUACCACACGCCUGCCGCCGCCCACCGCACCCCUCUUUCCGAAUCCGCAAAAGACCGAGACACAAGCGGAAUCGAGGAGAGUUCGGUGCAUGAAGCGGAUAGAAAGCUCUCGGGAAACGCGGGAGUCCACAGCAGCAUCUCUCCCAGCGCUUCUCUCGAGUCCGCCUUUCACGAGGUCGUCAGCGGCCGAAACAGACACCAGCAAAGUCGGCGGAGGCGAAGAAAAUCGGAGAACGAAGACGAGCACAUGACUGAGAUGGCGCUGCGGAUCCUCGCGAGCCUGACGGACGAAGGCCAGCACGUCUUUGAUAAAUUCGUUGAGCUGCUGCUGCAAAGCUUCGAGGUUGACCGACGCGUUAUGGAUACAAGGGGCCGCCUGAUGCUUCGCCAUUUCUGCGAUUUCUUAGACCCGCAGAAGCUGUACGAGGUCGUCGCCGCGUCUCUCGCACACCGCGCGAGUCGCCUGGAGGCUGCCACGUUUGGCCACGGGUGCGGAGAUUCGACCGCGCCCUCAGAGGACUCGGCGACGGAGACAGCGAGUCCAGAGCGCGUCUGGGGGGGCGAGCAGCUGACAGGACACACGCGCUGGAAGGCGGUGAGUGAAGGCGGCGAAAGCGGUGAGGGAAGGCGGAGAGGAGGCUCCACGACGAACAGGGAGACGACGGGCGCAGAGGAGACAGAAGGGCAAAGCGCGAGAGGCGAUGCGAAAGGCACCCGAGAAACUGCCUUGCCCACGGAAGACGCCGGAGCCGAGAGAGACAGUGGAAGACAAGGCGGAGCAGGAGCACGUUCUGCAGCGGAGGUUUUGCAGUUCAUGCACCAGGCAGUCCAAAUCUUCAACUGGAUUCUUCUGGCGGCCCCAGAGACGCAGGCGCUGCGCGAAUCCAUGUUGCAAGACGGAGAGGCCUCACUUUUUCGUCGGCUUCUCCCAGCUUGGAUGCACAACCCUGUUGCAACUCUGGCCCUUUCUCUUCGCCUGCGCCAGCAUCGACUGGCGGUUGCGCUUGUCCAACGCCUGGCAGCGUUAGGAAGUCUGCCUCUUCAAGUAUACGUCCAGCUCGAUCAGCUCGUACUUCUCUUCGAGUCUCCAUCUUUCGUCUCUGUUCGACUCCUACUCCUCCAGCCUCAGGACCAUCCUGACCUUGUUCAGGCUCUCGUCGGUCUUUCACUCUUGUUGCCACAGAACGGCGCAUACGAGCUGCUCCACCGGCGGCUCUCUCUCCUUUCCUGUUCCGCUGCUUCUGCAUUAUCUUCACCUUACUCGGCUUCGUCCUACGUGCAUCCGCCCAAGCAAAUUUCUUCGUCGCAAGAUGCGCGAGGACAACUGGAGAACGACGUCGCUGCCAUGACGCUUGUCGAAGAUGCGUGCCGCUGGUUCGACAGGCUACGCCUCGUUCAUAACGCCGCUCUUUCUUUAGAAGAUACGCAGGAGGUCUUGUCAGCGCCCUCGAUUCUCGAGGUAUGUCCCAUGUCUUCUCUUGAGGCGCAAGCAUUUACUUCUUUCCAGUCCCUGUCCGACGCGGGAGUGACGAGCCACAGGCGGCGAGACUCGAGAGCGCCGUCUGGGAGGGACUUAGCAUCCGCAGGUGGAGGCCGACAUGGGAGCGACACGCGGAGUGCAGUAGACGAGAGAGAGGAACGUCAGGUGGAGGGGCCAACCAGCGAACAGCACUCGAAUGACAGAACAGCCGGUGGGGAAUGA